GCUGUUCUAAGCUAAUUGGACCAUCGCUAAGUAAGAAACUUUGUUCUCGCUCAAAUCAAUUGGAUUGUUAAUUGAUAAGGGGAAUACAACUGCAACCACAAAAAUGGCCUUCAGACGCUGCCACUUGAAUCCAAAGAAGACUUUGUUUCUGCUCUGCGAUAUACAGGAGAAAUUUCGACCCAGCAUGCCACUCUUCGACAAUAUGGUUAAAAAUGUAGAUAAGCUGACAAAGGCGGGCAAAGUUUUGGACGUGCCUUUGAUUGUAACGGAACAUUAUCCCGAGAAACUAGGAAAAACGGUGGCUGAAGUGGAUAUAUCGCAUGCGAAGGCUGUGAUGGGCAAGACCUACUUUAGCAUGAUGACGCCCCAGGUGAAGAACGUUAUGAAGGAGAUCUUUGGCGAGAAGCCACAGGAUGUGGUUCUCUAUGGACUCGAGUCUCAUAUUUGCGUGGAGCAAACUGCUAUUGAUCUACGUGAGCAGGACAUCAAUGUCUAUAUUGUAGCCGAUUGCUGUUGCUCGCGCCUCAAACAGGAUCGUGAUUUGGCUUUGGAACGUUUGAGGCAGGCGGGCUGCGUGAUUACCACCAGCGAGAGCGUAAUCUUUGAUCUAGUGCGCGAUAAGAAUAAUCCCAAAUUCGACAUCGUGCGCAAGCUGGUGAAUCCCAUCUCACAGGACAUGGAGCUGGCUCGCAAUCCUGCCAAGUUGUAAUACUGCUUUUGUUACAAAAUUGGUGCAUUUAAAGUAAGGGGAAUUCUGGAUGUCCCUAAAUAUAAAUUAGUAU